AGACAAGUUAAUAUUCUUAAAGAAUUAAAAAAUUCUGAUCAUAUUAUUAGAUUUUAUGGUGUGGCAAAAGAAGAUAAAAAAUAUUAUUUAGUUACUGAAUGGAUGGAAUAUGGUAAUUUACAUGAAUAUUAUACGAAUUAUAGAGAUAGUAUUAAUUUAGAGAUUAAAAUCAAAUUUGCUUUGGAUAUUUGUCGUGGCGUCGCUUAUCUUCAUGGAUGUAAAAUUCUUCAUCACGAUAUUCAAUCAGCAAAUAUUCUAGUUAAUGAACUUCGUAAAGUUAAAAUAGCAAAUUUUGGUUUAAGUAAAAAAUUUUCCGAUAUCACAAGAAAUAUUACUCAUAAUUUGGAAAAUAUAAGAUAU